UGGCGGGGCGCCGCGCCGGGGACAUGACUGGCCUGCAGGAAGAGCCCGAGUUUGACUUUGACGUGCUGUUCGAGUUUAACCAGGGCGAUGCUUGCGCCGCUGGCAAAGAACACUAUAAUUAUGCAUCUUCAAAUAUAAAUGCCGGUUUGCCUCUAAAUGUGGCACAUUCCUCAUUGUCAGCUCCAUGUCAUGGCCUUCAGACAUCCAAUCCUGUCAUUUCAAUUGUCCCAUCAACAAAUCAUCCUUCUGGAUAUGGAGGACACAUUGACAGUGGAGCCUCUGGAUAUUAUCUGUCUCCCAAUGUCAGACCUAAUGGAGCUCCAGCACUAGAAAGCCCCAGGAUAGAGAUAACGACUUAUCUGGGACUGCACCAUAAUAACAACCAGUUUUUCCAUGAUGCUGAGGUUGAGGAAGCGAUCCCAAAUACUAAGCGAUCACCUUCUACUGCCACUUUGAGUUUACCAAACAUUGAGGCUUACAGAGACCCAUCUUGCCUGAGUCCAGCAAGUAGCCUGUCUUCCAGAAGUUGCAAUUCUGAAGCUUCAUCCUAUGAAUCCAAUUAUUCUUAUCCUUAUACUUCGCCACAGACAUCUCCAUGGCAGUCCCCAUGUGUGUCUCCUAAGACCACUGACACAGAGGAAGGAUAUCAGCGUAGUAUGGUGGCCUGUACUUUACUUAAUUCACCAAGACAUUCUCCAUCUACGUCUCCCAGAACAAGCAUAACAGAGGAAAACUGGCUAAGUGCUCGCAACUCAAGACCAUCUUCUCCCUGUAACAAAAGAAAAUACAGCCUAAAUGGCAGGCAGACUUCUUACUCACCACACCACUCUCCGACACCUUCUCCUCACAGUUCUCCUCGGGUUAGUGUAACUGAUGAUACAUGGCUGGGAAAUACUACCCAGUAUACCAGUUCUGCUAUAGUUGCAGCUAUCAAUGCCCUUACCACUGACAGCACAAUAGACAUGAAUGAUGGGAUUCCUAUUAAGUCUAGAAAGACUGCGCUAGAUCAUACCCCAUCCAUGACACUCAAGACUGAACCAAGUGGUGAGGACCAUGGGACCAUAUCACCGACGGCUGAUUUAUCACCAGAAGAAUUUUCUGGGUUUCAGCACAUCAGGAAAGGAAACUUCUGUGAUCAGUUCCUUUCUGUGCCGCAGCAUCCAUACCAAUGGGCCAAACCAAAGUCUCUGUGUCCCACAUCAUACAUGAGCCCAUCCCUGCCUGCCCUUGAUUGGCAGCUGCCAUCUCACUCAGGACCUUAUGAACUUCGGAUUGAAGAGCAGCCCAAAUCCCAUCACAGAGCUCAUUAUGAGACUGAGGGAAGUCGAGGGGCGGUGAAGGCCUCUGCUGGGGGACAUCCUGUUGUGCAGCUACACGGUUACUUAGAAAGUGAGCCGCUCACGCUACAGCUGUUCAUUGGGACUGCAGACGACCGCCUGCUGAGACCUCAUGCCUUCUACCAGGUUCAUCGAAUCACAGGGAAGACUGUUUCCACCACCAGCCAUGAAACAAUACUUUCCAACACUAAAGUCUUGGAAAUUCCACUUCUACCAGAAAACAAGAUGAGAGCAAUCAUUGACUGUGCUGGGAUAUUAAAACUUAGAAAUUCAGAUAUUGAACUCCGAAAAGGAGAAACAGACAUUGGAAGGAAGAAUACACGAGUGCGGCUGGUCUUCCGAGUUCACAUCCCACAACCCAACGGAAGAACUCUGUCUCUGCAAGUAGCAUCCAAUCCUAUUGAGUGUUCUCAAAGAUCAGCCCAGGAAUUGCCUUUGGUGGAGAAGCAAAGUACUGACAGCUUUCCUGUGAUUGGAGGGAAAAAAAUUAUCCUGUCUGGCCACAACUUUCUACAAGACUCCAAAGUCAUCUUUGUGGAGAAAGCACCAGAUGGUCACCAUGUGUGGGAAAUGGAAGCCAAAACCGACAAAGAAAUGUGCAAACCGAAUUCCUUGGUGGUGGAGAUACCACCUUUCCGCAAUCAGAGAAUUACCAGUCCUGUUCAGGUUAACUUCUAUGUCUGCAACGGAAAGAGAAAGAGAAGCCAGUACCAGCUGUUCACCUAUCUUCCUGCUAAUGUUCCAAUUAUAAAAACUGAACCCAGUGAUGACUAUGAGCCUGCUCAAACCUGUGGACCAAUGAACCAAGGAUUAAACCCUCUCUCUAAACCAUACUACAGCCAGCAGAUCAUGAUGCCUCCUGAUCCUGGUUCGUGCCUUGUGGCUGGCUUCACUUCCUGUCAGCAGCGAAACACUGUGAUGUCAUCCUCUCCCAACUCAAGCCCCAAGCUGCAUGAUCUUUCAUCUUCUGCUUACAAGUGCAUCACCAACCCGGGCCACAGUCACCUAGGACUUCAGCAGCCUGCUGGCGGGGUCCCUACCAUACAGGAAGUGCCAAGGUCUAUAGUUGUGCACCCAAGUUCUCCAGAGCAAUCAUCUCACAUCAUGCUGCAGCCGCAGGUGAGUCAACAUCUGAGCAGUAGCUGUUCCCUUGGUUACCAACAAACACUCUAUCCCAACAGUCCCUCCUCUCCAGUUCCAUCUGUUACCCAAGAGCCAACCUAUUUGCAGUCCUGCAGUCCAACUCACUCAUCCAUAAUGGGUCAACAGCAGCACCAACUGCCGAAGGUUCAAAGAAAUGAGUCUCCAACAAACCAACCACUCUCAUUGCCAGAGUUGCAUGAGGACAGUAAUCAUAAUUUGGCCCCUAUUCCUGUAAUGAUCAAGCGAGAACCUGAGGAAUUGGACCAGUUGUACUUGGAUGAUGUAAAUGAAAUUAUAAGGAAUGACCUCUCCAGCACCAAUGUCCAUUCAUAGCUUGCAAUACUGGACUAGUUUGAAUCCAUACACUUUUAGCUCAGCUGGUAUAUCAGCUUCAGCACAGAGCUGUCAUAACUGAAUAAACUGAAGACAUUACCUGGUACCAUUCUGGUCUUCCGCCUUACUGAAUGUUAGUAACCGAAGAUUUACCUCUUGCCUACAAAGAAGUAUCUCUUCAACCAAUGAAAUAUCUUCUUUAAGGAAAAUCAUCUCAAGAGGAGAAGAAAAGGGGAGGGAAUAACCUCGAAGAUGGCACGUUUCAUGGGAUAAAACUGGGAAACUCAACAAAAGCUGAUUGCUUGUCCCCAGCACUGAGCCUUUUGGCACCACUGGAAUUCAACUCUGGAAGUGCCUUAUUUUACUAGCUUGUGGCAUCAGGACAUUUUUAAUAGGCUUUGAAUUUUCUACCAUAAAAAGUAUUUGUAGGUGCCGAAGCUAUAAUGCUUGCAUUCUGGCAACUGAUAUUUUAAAAAUCAUAAGACAGCCUCUUGGAAAGGGAAUGACAUCCCUACUUAAAGUCAAACACAUUUAUGAAUUCCAGAAUUUCUUCAGUUUUUCCUCUGCUGUAAUAUACAGCCUGUUGCCUUAUUCUCAGUGCAUUUCAAAAGCCUCCCAAUUUGUCAUCUCAGCUCUUUCUCUUUUUUUCAUAUACUGUCCUUAUUAUCUGCUAAUGAAUCAUAGGAUUGUUAGUCAUAGCAUGUUAAGAUUUUGAUUUUAAUCUGGCUUCUGUCAUAGCACAAGUAUGUUGAAUAGCACAAAAUAAUAAGGUUGAUGGACAAAAAAUUGAAAUCUAUCUAUUAAACGAUAGAUGUAUGUGUAUGCAUGUACAUACAUACUAGCAUAUAUGCAUAUAUUUAUAUAUGACAAGUAACAUAGAUGAUUGCCAGGUGAGGGCACUGACUUCAGCAAUAAUUUCCAUUUCUGCAAAUGCAUUUCAGAUUGCAAACAAUGUUUCUGCUAUUUCUGUUGGUUUGUUACUUCUAAGACAGGUAUGCAUUUUCUUUCCUCAUGCAGUUAAGCAAGCACUUUAGACAGUCAAGAAGGAUGCAUACAAAAUACAUUUUAUUUACCAAAUGGCAAAAUCUGAAUUAAAGAAAUUGUAAA